UGAUAAAACAUAAGUCUCCGCUAUUCACUUUCCCGAUCUUUCCUAAUCCUCCCAAAUUUCUCAAACUUCCUAGAAAAACUCCUUCCCAAUCUCACACCCAAAACCGGAAGAAAUCCGAAAAUGGCCGCUGGAUCUCCACGUGAAGACAACGUUUACAUGGCCAAGCUUGCUGAGCAAGCCGAGCGCUAUGAGGAAAUGGUUCAGUUCAUGGAGAAGGUGGUCUUUUCCACACCGGAAUCAGAUGAGCUCACCGUUGAGGAGCGCAAUCUCCUUUCCGUCGCAUAUAAGAACGUGAUCGGCGCCCGCCGUGCAUCCUGGAGGAUCAUUUCCUCCAUUGAACAGAAGGAAGAAAGCCGAGGGAACGCCGACCACGUCGCUGCAAUCAAGGAGUACAGGGCCAAGAUCGAGGGCGAGCUCUCCGAGAUCUGCGGAGGCAUCUUGAAGCUUUUGGAUGAGAAGCUCGUGCCGGCUGCUGCCAGCGGCGAUUCCAAGGUGUUUUACUUGAAGAUGAAGGGAGAUUACCAUAGGUAUCUCGCCGAGUUCAAGACUGGGAAUGAGAGGAAGGAGGCUGCUGAGAAUACGCUCAACGCGUAUAAAUCUGCACAGGAUAUUGCAAAUGCUGAACUAGCUCCAACUCAUCCCAUCCGGCUAGGACUGGCAUUGAACUUUUCUGUGUUUUACUACGAGAUCUUGAAUUCUCCGGACCGUGCUUGCAAUCUUGCUAAACAGGCAUUUGAUGAAGCCAUCUCAGAGCUCGAUACAUUGGGAGAGGAUUCAUACAAGGAUAGCACUUUGAUCAUGCAACUCCUUCGGGAUAAUCUCACUUUGUGGACCUCAGAUAUGCAGGAUGAUGGUACUGAUGAGAUCAAAGACGCAGCAAAGCGUGAGGAAGAGCAAAAGCAAUGAGGUCACUUAACUUGGUGAUAUAUUUUACUUCUCCAUUAAUUUGUUUUUGUUUGGAGAAGUAUCUUGGUCCACUAUUUCUAUUACGAGUCUUCAGUAGUUGAUACUUAUUAAAGCUUGGAAGUAUUUUUUACUUCUUAGUUUUCUUUCUCUAUUUCUUUCCCCUUUUUCUUAAUUUUUUAAAAUUCUGAUCAGGUUGCAAAUGCUUUGUUUUCAUUUGUCAUUGUGACAAUAAAGGAACUAAUGACCAAGAAUUUUCCCCCCUUCUUAAAAGCUCAAACCUGAACAUUCAUGGAA